AUAAAUUUGUCAUCUUUUCCUAUCUCACGCACGAGGCAGCACUUUGGCGAUUGUUCAGUCUUUUCUCUCAAAAUGACUCGUGUUUUCAUCGGGAGAUUGGCAAUGAAUGCCCGAGAAAGCGAUGUGGAAAAAUUUCUUCGAGGAUACGGUAAAUUAAAAGACAUAAGCUUGAAAAGAGGAUACGGAUUUGUGGAGUUUGAUGAUCAUCGAGAUGCUGAUGAUGCGAUUGCAGAUUUGAAUGGCAAGGAACUGCUGGGAGAAUAUGUUGCAUUAGAGUUGGCCAGAGGAAAGAGGAGUGGUGGUGGUGGUGGGCGCGGUGGAGGAAGAGGUGGAGGGGGCUAUGGUGGUCGCAGACCUGUUUGGCUGGACAAGGGGUCAAGGUAUGGGCCUCCAGUAAGAACACAAUACCGUGUUAUCGUGGAAAACAUGUCAAGUCGUACAAGUUGGCAGGAUCUGAAAGACCACCUUCGCCAGGUCAGCAAUGCAAGACUAACUUAUGCUGAUGCACAUAAAAAGAGAGUUGGAGAAGGAUGUGUAGAAUUUGAGAGUCGUGAGGACAUGCUGGAUUGCCUUAGGAAAGCUGAUGAUACAGAACUUGGAGGCAAAAGGAUUCGCCUUGUUGAAGAUAAAGGCCAUCAUAGCUCCCCUCCGAGACGCAGUAGUUACAGAAAGAGCUCUCACUCAAGGUCUCGCUCAAGGUCCCGUUCACGAUCUCGAUCUCGUUCUCGCUCCCGAUCACCGAAGAAGCGUUCAAGGUCUUACUCUCGCUCCAGAAGUCGCUCUGCAUCAAGGUCCCCAGCCCGUGCAACAAAGCAUUCACGAACACCUUCAAGGUCUCCUGAGCCAGCAAGGGCUGCAUCACCUGACGAAAGACGCGACGAAAGACGCGAUGAAAGACGUGAAGAAAGUGACGAUUGAUUUUCAUCUUUGGUUUAAGUUUACAUAGGCUACUUUUGAACCAGUGUUCGUUCAAAAUACAUCUUAUAGAAAACUGUCCAUUGAACAAUUUUUUGAAGUUUUUAGUGAUUGCAAAUAUACCACAUUUGUUAGAGAUUUUUUCUUGUGUGUGGGCUUGAAUGUCUGAACCAAACACAGAAUAGAAGUUCAUAGUGGAAGAGUUUAUGUAAAGUUCCCUCUACUCUAAUCAAUGUCAGUAUCUAAUAGAGAUUUUCAGUCGAAUACAGUUUUGAUGAUCAAAAUUGUGUUAUAUUUAGAAAUUUUGUACUGUUUGCAUUUGAUUUAAUUGUGUUGUCUAGUAUAUUAAAGGAAACACUCAUCAUGUAAAACAAGUUGUUAGAGGUCAUUUGAGUGACCACUCUGAUAUAAUGGAAAGCUGUAAUUCUGUUGUUUUAAAAUAAAAUCUUAACCAGAUUUGAUCCUA